CAUUUAACUGACGAAUUACCAUGGAGUGGACAACCAUUACCAUUCUGUGGGCACUUUUAACAACAUUCGCCGAGGCAACUCUCGCCGGUGAGCCCUGUGUUGACGUCACCGGAGCGCCUGCAUCAGAAUGGCAGCGCUGCCAGGGUUCUUGCUGCUCGGCACGAUGUUCAUGUAUUAACGUGGAUGGAGAACCUCAGGCCGACUGCCAAGUCAUCUGCGCAGGCAUCGCCUUGAGACCCGGAUGUCGCCUCCUCGAACCGUUCCAGAACUCCACACAUAUGGACUGCUGCAGAACGGAAUGCACAGAACAAACAUGCCAAUCAUCCAGUGGACGACAUUUUGGGGAAGGAGAGCGCUGGACGGAGUGUAAUCUUGACCAGGGAUGUUGUUGGAGAAACUGUCAGUGUGUGAGGGCCGGGAACCAUCUGCUAGGAGUGUGUGAGCAAGAGUGCUUGUCUGCCCAGCUGCCAAGAGGUUGCUUUAUCGCACAGUCAGUCGAAACUGAUGGCGUACAAAGGUGUUGUAACAUCAGAUGCCCUUUCUUACAGCACGGAUUCCCAGAUCUCUUAAGCCAGGAUUCCCAGAUCUCUAAAGCCAGGAUUCCCAGAUCUCUAAAGCCAGGAUUUCCUGAUGGGAGUGCCAUGAUGGUACAAUGAAGCCUCUUGGAAAUCAGUGGGACGCGGUUUCACUGAGUCUCACUCAUAAUGUGUAUUAUCUAUUGCAUUAAUAAAGAAACCGUUUGCAAUUCCUUCU